GAAAAAAACACUCGACGAUAGCGUCAUACCUGAUUACAGAUCACUAUCUUGCACCGCCCAUUUCAGACAUCUUACCGACUAGGAACUUGUCUACUUCCCAUCAUCCAGUAUCGCCCUGCCCUGCACACACGACAGACAUCUGUGGUUAACGUUUGCGACCUGAGUAACCUGGACUUGACAACCAGUCCUCCACAUCCGCAUUCACCAACACCAGACCUAGCCAGCCUUAGGGGUCUGUCUCCUUGACAAGUUCGCGAUAUCCUUUUCAGGAGUCACCCACGUUUUUGCAAACUUGUCGCCCUCUCCUUUCAUCUUACACACACCAUGGCUUUGCCAAAGAGGAUCCUCAAGGAAACAGAGCGCCUGAUGGCGGAGCCUGUGCCCGGCAUCAGCGCCGUUCCUCACCCCGAAAACCUCCGCUACUUCGACGUCACUAUCGAUGGCCCCGAUUCCUCACCAUACGAAGGCGGAAACUUCAAGCUCGAGCUCUUCCUCCCAGACGACUACCCCAUGGUCCCUCCCAAGAUCCGCUUCCUGACCAAGAUCUUCCACCCAAAUGUCGACAAGCUGGGCCGCAUCUGCCUUGACGUUCUGAAAAACAACUGGUCUCCCGCUCUUCAAAUUCGCACCAUCCUCCUCUCCAUACAGGCCCUGCUCGGCGCCCCCAACCCCGACGACCCUCUCGCCGCCGAGGUUGCCAAGGCCUGGAAAGAGGACGAGAAGGCCGCCAUCGAGACCGCCCGUGAGUGGACCCAGAAGUACGCCAAGCCUGACGCGCAGUAGGACGGCCUGUCUCGUGUCCCUAAGCCUCCUCCUAGGGGCAACGUUACCGUCUCGGAGCCGUGGGAGGCCGGUUCACGAGAAGCCCCGACUGGUGAUAUGGGGGAUACUAUGGAGGGCCCUGUGCAUUCACAGGAUGGAGUUGAGGAUGGGCUGGGUGGCAGCGGAAGCGGGAGCGGCGGUUGGGAUAAUAUCGUCGCAUCUGUUUCCUCCCCAGGAGAAGGUGAAGUCGGACACUUGGUGGAGGAGGGCCAAAUUUUGGGAUACAGCUGGCAGCUUGGUGUGGGCCAGGAGAUUGGGACGGAUGAUGAAGAUCUUGGCAGCGACUCGGACGAGAGCGCUCUUGCGGCGUUAGAUCGGACGCUUGAUCAGAUCCUGGAGGAACACAUGGGUCAUGGCGGGGAGGAGCAAGAGAUCAGCGAGGCUGACAGGGAGAAGUUGAGACGGGCCAUCUCGUGGAACAAACCCCGCAACUAAGCAUCAUGAAGCAGGAACAAGGAAAUGGAAUGAAGAAAUCACCGGCUUUCCA